CUCUGCCGUCACGGUAGUAAACUCACACAACGCGCCUUAGCUGCGCUCGAUCGCGGCCGCCGCGGGAGCGCCGUAUCUAGCCCUCGCCGCGCGAAGCGACUCGAGCAGAUCCUCCGGGGACCGCGCCAGGGCGACGAGGUCGAUCUGCCCCGAAGGUAUUCUUUCCGAAUCGUUCCGGGCCGUCACUUUCGCCGUGUGGUCGCUCGAGAUUCGCACGCGGUAGAGGCCGGGCGUCGUCGGGUGCCGGCAGACCCAGAAACAGCAAGGAACAUAGCACCCGAAGCCAAGCGCGUAGGAGAGCGGAUCGGGGUGCGCCGGCGGCGCGGCGCAGUAGAAAUCUUUGUCCUCGGCGUAGCUUCGGACUUCUAUGUUGUCGACGUCGAAUCCGUCCCAGGCGAUGGCGUUGACGUCGCGCUCGUGGUGCCUCAAUUCUCCGAGGCGGAUGACGUGGCCGUCGGGCCGCAUGUUCCGACGGCCGACUACUCCGUUCUCCGUCACGACGAGCGCGUGGGCGGCCCACGGCGGCCAGUCCAUAUCCUCGUGGGGCGCGCAGAGCGCGUUGCAGAGGGCGCAGGGGCAGAAUAUAGGGAAACACACCGUCCACGGACACACCGUCGGCGUCAGGUCCACGCACGGGGACCUCGCGGCGGCGAGCGUGCCCGGGCCGCCGACGCAGAGGUGCACCCGCCUCUUCGCAUCAUUCGCAGCGUCGAAGAGGUUGCGGUCGAGGCCAAAGACCUCGACGACGGCGUCCGUCGGCGCGAGCGGCGUCGUCGCGAGGUCGAGGCUGCCCGAAUACGGGUCGACCUUCGGCGCGCGGACGUAUGCGACGCCCUGGGGCAGCGCGACCAGCGCGGGGUGGCCGGCCGCCGCGGCGUCGGCGUCGCGGACGACGGGUAUGAUCGCGUGGAGGUCCAUGCGCGCGGGUGCACUAGUGAGAGCUUAUGUCCAUGCUGACAAGAUUGUUGGGCAGCCCCGCCGUGUCUCUGGCUGCACUGGUUUGUUGGGCAGCCCCGUCGUGUCUCUGGCUGCACCGGAGAAGAAUAUGAUGUGUGACACGCGACGAAGCGACCAGUGCGUGGCUGAAUCUGCGUGUGUGCUUAGGACUUAGCAUAUAAGACAGCGAACAGAGCGUGUGGGUACGGACGCGCGUGUGCUCCAGGCUCAGGCUCUCUCUCAGCCCCGG